CACCUUUCACUUCACAUCAGCCAACAUGGCGGCGCCCGUGAGAAUCCUCACCGCCAGCCGCAGUGCUGUUUUAAACAUGCAUUUUACCUUUCUGGCACCUCUGUCACGCAAGUGCUCGACCUUGCCACACUCUCACGUUCAUAAGGAAUUCUCCUCCAAAUGGGUUCGGCGGAAAUUCAUCGAUUAUUUCAAAGACCAGCACGGGCACAGAUACGUGCCGUCCUCCCCAGUUCGGCCAAGGGGAGACCCGAGCCUUCUGUUUGUGAACGCGGGGAUGAAUCAGUUCAAGCCCAUACUUCUGGGUUCUGCCGACCCGCGUAGUGAGAUGUCUUCGUACCAGCGUGUGGUCAACAGCCAGAAGUGCGUGCGGGCCGGCGGCAAACACAACGACCUGGAGGACGUGGGCAAGGAUGUCUACCACCACACCUUCUUCGAGAUGCUGGGCAACUGGUCCUUUGGAGACUACUUCAAGGAGGAGGCAUGCAGCAUGGCAUGGCGGCUCUUGACUGAGGAGUACGGGCUGCCUCCUGACCGCCUCUACGUCUCCUUCUUCUCUGGUGACGCAGCCAGCGGCCUCCCUCCCGACCAUGAGACACGAGAGAUCUGGAGGAGUCUUGGUGUUCCAGCGGAGCGCAUCCUGCCGUUUGGCAUGGGUGAUAACUUCUGGGAGAUGGGCGCCACUGGUCCCUGCGGCCCCUGUACAGAGAUCCACUACGACCACGUGGGGGCCCGACUGGCCCCAGCACUCGUCAACGCAGACAGCCCAGACGUGGUGGAGAUAUGGAACCUGGUCUUCAUGCAGUAUAACAGGGAGGCUGACGGUAGCCUGCGCCCGCUGCCCCAGUUGAGCGUGGACACGGGGAUGGGUCUGGAGAGACUGGUCACCGUGCUGCAGGGACAACGCUCCAACUACGACACCGACCUCUUCACACCUCUACUGCACGCCAUACACCAGUGUUCCGGGGUGGCGGCCUACGGUGGGCGUGUCGGAGAGGAGGAUCAUGGGAGGGUGGACACGGCGUACCGCGUGGUCGCCGAUCACAUCAGGACCCUCUCUAUCUGCAUAGCCGACGGGGUUUACCCAGGCAUGACUGGGGCAGAGCUGGUUCUGAGGCGUAUCCUGCGGCGUGCGGUUCGCUACCUGACUGAAGUGCUUCAGGCUCCUCAGGGGUCUCUGGCCAACCUGGUGCCCACUGUAGUACAGUCACUGGGUGAAGACUAUCCUGAGCUGCAGAGGGAGCAGGACAGAAUUAUGGACAUCGUGAGCCAGAGUGAAGACCACUUCCUGUCGUCCCUCAGGCAGGGCCGACGCAUGAUUGACAGGACCAUCGGCAAGAUGGCCGUCAACGACACAGCCUUCCCUGCUCCGGUGGCCUGGUCUCUACAUCGUAACCUGGGCUUCCCUCUCGACCUGGUGCAUCUGAUGCUGGAGGAGAGAGGCAAACACGUCGACACACACACACUGCAGCAACUGGAACAACAGGAGAGGGAGCGAGCUGAGAGCCAGUCUGCAGUAGAUGGCGGUGUGGUGUGGCUGGACGUCCACUCUCUGACUCAGCUGCAGAAGGAGGGGGCCCCCUCCACUGACGACAGCCCCAAAUAUAACUACAGCCUGCGACCUGACGGCACUUACGUCUUCCCUCCCUGUAGUGCGGAGGUGUUGGCGGUGUUCAGUGAGGAGGGGGCUCGUCUUGAGGAGGUGGGGGAGGGGAGGCCAUGCCUACUGCUACUGGACCGCACCUGCUUCUAUGGCCAACAGGGGGGGCAAGACACCGACCAGGGCUACCUGACCAGACAAGACCUGCAGGAUGUCCUGUACCCGGUGGGGGAUGUUCAGGUUGUCGGGGGUUACGUGCUUCAUCAUGUUAUCGCCACUGACACACUCAGACCUGGACACCGCCUGCAGCUGCACAUCGACCAGGUCCAGAGGCUAGCGUGUAUGGUGAAACACACAGCUACUCACCUGCUGAACUUUGGGCUGCUGCAGCUGAUGGGGUCGGGAGUGGCCCAGAGGGGAUCGCACGUCUCGGCACAACGCCUACGAUUCGACUUCAGUGUCAAGUCGUCUCUGAGCGUGUCAGAGCUGCAGCAGCUCGAGUCUCUGAUUGGCCGGUUGAUCCAUGAAGACCUGCAGGUGCACACACAGGAAGUUCCUCUGGCCCUGGCCAAUCAGAUCCCGGGACUCAGGACGGUGGACGAGGUGUAUCCUGACCCGGUGAGGGUGGUGUCGGUGUCGGUGGCCGUGCCAGAGCUGCUGGAGGGACGAGGUGACGACACGCCCACAUCAGUAGAACUCUGCUGUGGAACCCAUCUGAAGCGGACGGGCUGCAUCGGGGACCUGGUGAUCACCUCGGAGAGACAGAUGGUCAGGGGAGUCAGCCGCAUCUUGGCCGUCACCGGGGACGACGCCAGAGAGGCCAGGGAGACAGGAAGUGUGUUGGAGAAGGAAGUGGAGGCACUGGCAGCUCGCGUCGCCGCGGUGACGACCCCGUCUCUGCACGAGGCCACGCGAUUGGCUAAAGACGCCGGCCAGCUCAUAGAUGCACUGGAAGGGACAGCUAUACCUCAGUGGCAGAAGAGGGUCCUUCAGACUCGCAUGAAGGCCCUACAGAGGGCCACCAACACCACCAUCAGGAAGAUGGAGCUUAAGGAGGCUUCUCUCCUUGCCCAACGACUGCAUGAGAAACACGCUGCUCAGAAAACGCUGGUGGACACCAUAGACACAGACUCCAUAUCGGUGCUGAUGAAGACGGUGAACCGCUGCAGUGACCUCUCCCCCGGCUGCCACGUCAUGCUGCUGGCCCCUCAGCCUUCCGGCAAGGUCCUCUGUGCCUGCCAGGUGCCCAAGGAGGGUGGUGGUGUGAGUGCAAGUGCGUGGGCUGUGGCGGUCUGCGGUCGACUGGGGGGAAAUGCAGGAGGGUCGGCCACCGUGGCCAAGGGAGUUGGUAACAGCAGCAGUAGCAGAGAAGAGGAGGGAGUGGACAUCACACACACACUCACAUGGGCCCAGCGCUACGCAGAGAGAGGAGGAGAUGUCUGAACACACAUGCACACACACACACACACAGGCGUGGUGGAUGGAGAAUGGAUGAGAUGUCUGAAAACACACACACACACACACACACACACACACACACACACACACACACACACACACACACACACACAGAAACAUACUCUCAUAAAUGUCACACACACCACACACACGCGCGCGCACACACACACACACACACACACACAAUCUCUUGCACAGACAUACAUUUUUUUUGUGAAGCACCAAAUGCAAGGGAUACUGUAAUUCCAUGUAAAUAUUGUACAGCAUGGUGAACAUAUUUUCCAACACAUUAUGGGCUAUUUAUGAAUUACACUGCAAUGCAGAUGUUGGAUGUAUUUCUUUGUUUUAGAAGAAAUAAAGGAUUGAUUUAUUGCA